UUUUUUUUUUCAAUAUGGUGGGUAAAAAAGUAUUCCCAAAGCAAAAAGAAGAACGCGGUCAGCACGACAUAACAGAAGAAGAAGACACGAAUAGUAGGAAUAGCAUAAAAAAAAGAAAAAGAAAAGAUUACAUGGAAGAUGAAAACAACAAAGAUUCACCUCAAUCAACCACAGAGUUCUCUGAAAUAGACUCAGAAAAGAAAAAGAAAGAAAAGAAAUCUAAACAGAAAGCAAUACCAAAGAAGAAAGCUCCUUUGGAUCUCGACAGACAGUGUGGCGUGUUAAUACCACCCAAUAAUCAUCCUUGUACUCGAUCACUUACUUGUAAGAUUCAUUCGAUGGGAGCAAAAAGAGCAGUGGAAGGACGAUCACAGCCAUUCAAUGAUCUACUGGCAGCCUAUCAAAAAAAGGGCAUAGGAAGACCUCAAGUACCUGGAAAUGAUCCACUCAAAUCAAAAUCAAUCCCAGACAAAAAGAAUAUGCAUAAAUCCGAAUCAAAAGAACAUGAUGAUGACGAAGAGGAAGAAGAAGACGAAGUAGAUGAAGAAGUGGACUCAGAUGCAGAAGCAGAGCAUAUUCGACUGGCUAUCGAGCAAACCAAACCUUUGCCACUCUGUCAAAGACAAGUUUUUUAUGUUCGUCGUAAACGAGCUUAUUUUAAGUUGAGAGACAUUUUAUUGGAUGCAAUCAGACCUAAACAUGAUCAUGAAUUACAAGAGCAAUUUUUAUUCUAACAUAUAUACCAAGAAGGAACCAAUCAUGAUACAAGCAUAUCAGCCCAGAAAGAAAGAGGCAAAUACGCACACACACACACACACACACACACACACAC